UGCGUCCAAAUACAUUUACACAUAAGGAAAAACAGACAACAGAUCUUCGUCUGUUUCUCUUUAUUCCUUUUUCUUGUCUGAUUCAAAAACCAAACAAGAAAAAGAAACACUAGUUUUGGAGUAAAAAGCAGUUCAACCAAUCCCUUGUUCCUCAGAUUUUUGUACUCAGAAGGUUUUGAAUCUCUGAAGCUGUUCUUGUCUGUUUUCAAGUUUCAGAUUUGAACAUCUGGGCCUCCAAUUUCACUCCUCCUCAAUCAUAAAAAACCAUGUUAAGCAAAUGAAGGUAAAGUUUGAUGAGAGAUGGGUUGUGUAUUGGGUCGACCCGGAUCUCCAGGAUCAGUAGUUAGCUCAAGGAACGAGUCUAACCGAAAGGAAGUUAACAAUGUGUCCGUGACGAAAACCGAAACCACCACACAGAACACUAGUAGUGUUGUUGUUGUUGCUGCUGCCUCUGCUUCUACUAGUGAGGAGGUUGUGAAGAAUCACAAGGAAGAGAACGGCCAUGGCCAUGGCCUUGUUGUGACAGAAGCCAAGGAGAGGAAACCUAGAGGGGAAAGAAGAAGGUCUAGUAAGCCUGACCCGAGACGUAGUAACCCACCAAAGAACUUGCUAGGUGAGCAAGUUGCAGCUGGAUGGCCACCGUGGCUGUCUGAAGUCUGUGGAGAAGCUUUAAACGGUUGGCUUCCAAGAAAAGCUGAUUCCUUUGAGAAGAUUGAGAAGAUUGGAUCAGGAACGUAUAGUAAUGUGUACAAGGCGAGAGAUUCACUGACAGGAAGUAUUGUGGCGUUAAAGAAAGUGAGAUGUGAAGUUUUGGAACGUGAGAGCUUGAGGUUUAUGGCUAGAGAGAUUCUGAUUUUAAGGAGAUUAGAUCAUCCCAAUGUCAUUAAACUAGAAGGUUUAGUUACUUCAAGGAUGUCUAAUAGUUUAUACUUGGUGUUUCGUUAUAUGCAUCAUGACCUUGCUGGUUUAGCUGCAAGCCCGGACAUAACAUUCACCGAACAACAGGUUAAAUGCUAUAUGAAGCAACUCCUUUCAGGGCUAGAACACUGCCACAACAGAGGAGUUCUUCACCGUGAUAUCAAAGGCUCAAACCUUCUUAUAGACGACGGAGGAGUCCUUAGAAUAGGCGACUUCGGUCUCGCGACUUUUUACGACGCCACGAAAAGGCAAAGGAUGACGAACAGAGUUGUUACUUUAUGGUAUAGAGCACCUGAGCUUCUUCACGGUGUUGAAGAGUAUAAUGUUGGUGUUGAUCUAUGGAGCGCAGGGUGCAUUUUAGCAGAGUUGUUGUCUGGUAGACCGAUCAUGCCGGGUCGUAACGAGGUGGAGCAGUUGCAUAGGAUAUAUAAGCUGUGUGGAUCUCCUUCUGAAGAGUAUUGGAGAAAGAUUAGGCUUCCUUCUCAUCAGAAACAUGCUCAUCACAAGCCUUUACCUCAGUUCAAAAGAAGAGUAAGAGAGGUUUUUAAAGACUUCUCUCCUCAGGCACUUUCUUUGCUUGAUACGCUUUUAGCUAUUGAUCCUUCUGAGCGUCAGACAGCUACAGAUGCGUUGAUGAGUGAUUUCUUUAGGACGGAGCCAUUUCCAUGUGAACCUUCUGAUCUACCUAAGUAUCCUCCAAGUAAAGAGAUUGAUGCUAGGAAACGAGAUGAAGAGUUUAGGAGACAAAGGGAAGCACGUAAGGUUCAAGGAGAGAGCAGAAGAAGAAUCAGAUUACCACGAGAAAGAGCUCCAAGAGCAAUGCCUGCUCCUGAAGCCAAUGCUGAGAAUCAAUCCAACAUUGAUAGGAUGCGUAUGAUCACACAUGCGAAUGCAAAGAGCAAGAGUGAGAAGUUUCCUCCACCACAUCAAGACGGGUCACUUGGUUUUCAAGUGGGAUCUUCACGGAGAUUUGAUCCAUCAGAGAUACCUUUUAGCACAAACUCGUUCACUGCUUCUUACUCCAAAGAGCCGUUACAGACUUGGUCAGGACCUUUGGCUCCUAUUGGAGCGUCUGACUCAAGUGUACAGAGGAGAAAGGAUGUUAACAAGGAGAGAAGAAUGGCUGCUAAGCUUAAAGGGAAAAGAAUCGUUGUUUGAUUGAUGAGAUUAUUAUUCCUUUUUUCUAUAGAGAUACUUUGAGAAAAAUAGUGCUGUUUUUUUGGUGAGUUAUAUAUGUUUUCUUACUUGUGAUAUUGUACAAGAGAGCAUUGACAAUAACAUUCAAAUGAGGGUAUCUUACAUUAUAUGUAAAGC